AACAGGAAGUAGUUUUUUUUUUACCAAACCGCUGAACAAGCUAAUGUUAUGCUACAUGGUUCAUGUGUUUCUGUUGUCUAAUAAACUGAGGAUAAAGCAUUUUAAAUCAGUAACAGCGACAUUUUUGAAGUGUAGUUUACUCGAAUAUAUACGGUUUUUGUCGUCGUUAAAAAUCUUUGCGUUUUAGGAUUUUUUUUUCUUUUCUGUAUCACUAUAACCUGCGGUCAGACUAGGAUGUUCUCAAGUACCAUCUGAGCAGCUACAAGUAAGGUUUUUUAAAGAUGGUGUCUGUCUGAGGGAACAGGAUGGACAAGCCCAGCCGUGUGUGUAGACCCCAGAGGGUUAGUGAAUCCUCCAAGAUUUUCUACUCAGAUCACCAGGCUGUGGAGGUGCUGCAGGGCUUCAAUGAGCAGCGGCAGCAGAACCGGUUCUGCGAUGUGGUCCUGGUCGCCGAUGACCAGCGGAUCCCGGCUCACCGAGCCCUGCUGGCCAUUUCCAGCCCCUACUUCCACGCUAUGUUCACCUUGGGCAUGAGGGAGGAGCAUCAGCAGGAGGUGGAGCUGGUUGGGAURUCUCAUGUAGGGCUGAAAGCUGUGGUGGACUUCCUGUACAGUGGAGAGCUGUUUUUAGAUGGAGGAACCAUCGACUGUGUGCUGGAAGCUGCACACCUUCUGCAGCUGUGGCGAGUUGUGGACUUCUGCUGUCAGUACCUGGAGCGGGAGGUGAACGAGGAGAACUACCUGCACCUCCAGAAACUGGCUCAGGUCUACAGUCUGGAGCGACUCGAUAUCUUCAUCGACCACUUCAUCCUCGCGCGCUUCUCCACGCUCUCCUUCACUCCGGGCUUUCUUCAAAAUAUCCCGAUGCACAAACUCACCUCCUACCUCUCGUGUGGCCAGGUUCAGCACGACUCUGAGCAGGCUCUCCUGCAGGCCAGCCUGCAGUGGCUCAGUCACAGCCCCGAGCGGACCUCCGGCGCCAAACAGCUGCUCUCCCACAUCCGGUUCCCGCUCAUGCCGGUGGGGGACCUCGUGAGCCGAGUGCUGCCGGCGGUACGAGCUCUGGUGCCGGAAGGAGCCGGCUGCGAGGCCCUGGUGGAGGAGGCUCUKGGGUACCACGCCAAGCUGAGCGCCCAACCGCUGCUCCAAACUGAACGGACCAGGCUGAGGGGGGGAGUGGAGCAGCUGCUGCUCAUCGGAGGAGAGGUGUUUGAGCGCGGGGAGGAGUUGAGCAGCACCGUUUGUUGGCUCGACAGCGAGACGGGAAGCUGGGAGCUGGAGACGGAGCUGCCAGUGCAGCGGAGCCACCACUGCUUGGCCGUACUGGGGGGCUUCAUUUUUGCUGCUGGCGGCAGCUCGUCGAGAGACAACGGAGGAGAUGCUGCCUGUAACCUGCUGUACAGAUACGACCCGCGCCACCAUCAGUGGACCAAGGGCGCUCCAAUGAACCAGAAGAGAGUUGACUUUUACCUGGGGGCUGUGGGAGACCGCCUCAUUGCAGUGGGAGGGAAUAACGGCAACGGAGCGUUGUGCUCUGUGGAGGUUUAUUAUCCUGAAGAGGACUGCUGGAGCUACGUGGCACAACUACCCAGGUUUACUUUCGGCCACGCCGGCACGGUCCACCAAGGCGUCGUCUACAUCUCAGGUGGUCACAACUACCAGAUCGGUCCUUACCGCCCAGAUGUCCUGAGUUAUGACCCGUCGCGGGACGGUGAGGUUUGGGUGGAACGCCAGCCCAUGUCCCUCGCCCGCGGCUGGCACAGCAUGGCCUCCCUCAACAACCUCAUCUACGCCAUCGGCGGCAGCGACGAUCACGCGGACACCUCCGAGCGCUUCGACAUCCUGCACGUGGAGUCCUACGACCCGCGAUGCGGCCAGUGGACUCAGGUGGCGCCGCUGCUGCUGCCCAACAGCGAGGCGGGGCUGGCGGUCUGGGCGGGGAAGAUCUACGUGCUCGGAGGCUACAGCUGGGAGAGCAUGGCAUUCUCCAGAGUCACCCAGGUAUAUGACGCCGAGAAGGGGUCGUGGUCCAGAGGGCCGGACCUGCCCAAACGCAUCGCGGGGGCGUCGGCGUGCGUUUGCACCGUGAAGCCCUCGCCUCAGUCGGCUUCGCCAGAGAAAAGGAAACUGGGGCAUGUGGCAAACGGAAGAUUACAGCCCACGUAGCAGGAAGGACCGAGACCUUCCACUUUUAAAAAACUCUGGACGUCCUCGUCAGGAUGGAUUUUUUUACGCCCAACACAGAGAAGAAAAGACCAAAUAACAAAAUUUAUUUGCCUUAAAAAAAUCACUUGUUACAGGUUGGAGGACUAAAUGUGAUAUUUUAUGUUCUGCAUGUACAGUUAGGUCAUUUUUUAUUUGAAACUUAAAAUAUAUUUUAAUAUUUGGGUUCUUG